GAUGGCACGCGCAGGGAGCACCCGGACGACCCUCCGGUGAGGGCCGCGCUGGCCGCCAUGGUGCAGCAGUCGGACACGGUGGCCGCCGGGCGGCCGGCGCCGGCGGCGGCUGCCGCUCCGCCGGACGAGCCGCUGGAUCGGGCGCAGGUGGAGCAGACGCAGCGGCAGCGCCAACAGCAGCAGGAGGAUGAGGAGCGCGAGCGGCGCGCCAGCGAGCCGCCGUACGUGCCGCAGCGGCGCGUGGUGCACGUGGACCUGAAGGGCGCGCCGCCGACCGUCGAGUAUCUGGCGCGGAUGUUCCCCAUCAUCAGCCGGCUGGGCGGCACGGACCUGAUGAUCGAGUGGGAGGACAUGUUCCCGUUCUCGGGCGCGCUGCGCAGCGCGGCGGCACGCAACCACUACAGCCGCGCCGAGGUGCGCCGCAUUCUGGCCGAGGCGCGCCGCAAUGGCCUGCAGGUGAUCCCACUGGUGCAGACGUUCGGCCACUUGGAGCUGUUCCUCAAGCUGGAGCCGUUCGCGCACCUACGCGAGACGCCCGCCCAGCCGGCCGCGCUGUGCCCCUCGCGUAACGAGUCGCACCGGCUGGUGGAGCUGAUCGUGGACCAGGUGAUGGAGAUGCACAAGGACGCGCCGUACCUGCACAUCGGCUGCGACGAGGUGUAUCAGAUGGGGCUGUGCCGGCUGUGCCAGCACCGGUUGCGCGACGAGCUGUACCUGGAGCAUGUGGCGCGCGUGGCGCGCUACGUGCGCCGUCGUCACGCCGUCACGCCGCUCAUCUGGGACGACAUGAUGCGCCACAUCCCGGCCGAGGCGCUGCGUCGCUCGGGUCUGGGUCAGCUGGUGGAGCCGAUGGUGUGGGUGUACGCCGAGGACGUGUACCGCUUCGCGGGCCGGCACGUGUACGAGGCGUUCGCCGAGGUGUUCCCGCGCGUGUGGGCGGCCAGCGCGUACAAGGGCGCGUUCGGUGAGACUCUGGUCGUGCCGCCGUUGCGCCGCCAUCUGGACAACACGCUCAACUGGCUGGACGUGAUGCGCCAGGAGGGCCCCAAGUUCACCGACGGCUUCCGCGGCCUGGUGCUGACCGGCUGGCAGCGCUACGACCACUUCGCCGUGCUGUGCGAGCUGCUGCCGGCGGCCGUGCCGUCGCUGGCUAUCGGCCUGGUGACGGCGUCCAACGGCUUCUUCAACAGCUCGCUGCGCAAGCCGCUGUACGAGGCGCUGCACUGCCGCGCCGCCGACGAUGACCCGUUUUUCGACUUGGAGGAGGACCCGGAGGGCUUCUCGUUCUUCUCCUUCUGCCGCUUCCCGGGCGUGGCGUUCUACAAGUACGUCGGCCGCUACAAGAACAUGAUCACCCAGACGGAGGAGUUCUUGAAGACGGCCGGCGAGAGCAAGGGCUGGAUGACCGAGUACAACGUCAACCGCAACUACACCAACCCGUUCCGCGUGGACGAGGUGCUCGAGAUGUUCUACGGCACCAAGUACUCGCUGACGUCGGCGAUCGGUUCGGCCAAGGCAGCACUGAAAGGCGUCAUGGACCGCUUCACGGUGGCCGAGUGGGUCGAGCAGAAGAUCUACCCGUACCUGCAGCGGGUGGAGCGGCUCUUUGAGCAGGGGCAGGCGCUGAAGCGUCGCUCGGCGUGGCUGCGCCGGCCGCUGCCCAUGCUGCAGGCGCUGGCCCAGUACGGCCUGAACGUGACGGAGGCCGAGCCGCCGACGGUGACGCGCCGCCGCCGCCACGUCCGUCCCGGCGGCGGCGGCCAGCACGGCACGUAGCGGCGCCCGCCAGAGACGCUGCCUUCGCUGCUGGGGAGACGCGACGAGCAACUGUCUCCCGUGGAGACGCGGGCCGCCGCUGCGCGGCUGAACGCGUCUGUCUCCGUGGCGAAGGAUGCGCCAGCCGCCGCCGCUGCGUCGCCGCGGUAGUGCCGCUGCUUCGCCCCCUGUUACCAAAGAGGAGUGGUGUGCCCACCGUUUGAUGUAACUCCCGACUGUAAGCCCCGACUGAUCUAAGUGCGGUCCAUUCUCUUUGAGUGGCUAUCCCUCCCCGGCGAUGGAGUGCAGUUUCACAAAAUAAGUUGGGGAGGGCGGCUUAGCAGUGAAGCACGGCUGAAUUCAACCCCAAAAAUAGCCAAAUACGGGACUCGCCAUGAAUGUGACCCACUUCAUUCUCAAAGGUGGGAGGUCCCUCCCCCCCAAACUUAAGAGGAAACCAUGCCCCUGCCCGACGGUAGCUGCGCUUUCGUUUGUAGCUGUAUUGUAUGCUCCGUCAUUGCCUUUGAUAGCGAGAUUCCAAUGGAGCGCCUUGCAUGACGUGAAGAGCGCCCACUUGAUCAAUCGUUGCGGCCUAAUGAAACAUCAAACAUGCUAUGAUUUUACAUUUGUACGUCCUUUGUUAUAACGCAUGUUGCAUUUACUUUGUACUGAGCGUGGAAGGGAUUGGACCCGCCAAAUAUUGCUUCAUUGCUCUAUGAAAGGGAAGAAAAUUCCAAAAAAGAUAUUCCAAUUGUAAGGUUUUUGACGUUGCAAUACCAAAAUUCGUGGUGGCACUGUAAUUUUGACAACUUCCGAACGCCUGAAAUAUCGUCACUGCAACCGCACAUAUGUCAAUCAAAAACGAUUGUUGGCGGACCUGAUCCCUACUACCUCAUUUCAAGUAGCUUAGCUUACUCUGUCCUCAUGACUAGGUGGAAGUGAAUACUGACCCUUGCAUCGAGUCGUAGGCUGCUCACUUCAGCAACGGCAGUUACAUAUUGUAACUUAAGUUGCGGCGCAAAUAAGGCGUGGACAUUACGCUGGUUUGAACGUUUUCGGUUCCGGGCACGUUUCCCUCAGGUUGUCGUCCGCAUGAAAUUGCAUCAUGCGCUAUUUUGUGGUGUGCUGUCCUUGAACUGUACGUGCUUAUAUGUCUUCGAGAGGCAUGCGAAUCGGUUUUUUUUAUCGUUGACACACCUGUAAUACCUUUCGCACCUGCUAAUUGUCGUGCUAACCAAGCCCCAUUCAGAAUUGCAGUCCUUAUUAGACUUUAGGUCCUUAGGUAGCCCACUAUUCGUAGCCUUUUAGUGGUUUAAACCGCUGCACUUUAUGCGGCUUCAGGCGGUUUCCCCUCCGACCCUGCCUGUAGCCUUCCCUUUUCCACGGUGUGGCUUCCCUGCCAUAUAUACUCAGGCCCUCGACACCGACCUGACCUGCGGCCCUGCCGGCGCCGACGGCGCGGCCGCUGAUGACCCGGCUCGUGCCGGGCCGAGGGGUGUGACCUGUCGGCCGGUCUUCGACAGAGUGUCGGCGCGAGCGGGGGCCGGGACCGGGCGGGCCCGCCCCGGCGUCUAGAGACGCGACCGCGCGCGGUACUCGCGACCCGCUCCGGCUGGGGCGGCAGGCCUGACUGCCGCAUGGGUCCGCAGGAACAGUAAUGGCGUUCUUCUGUGUUUGGUUGAGUGUGAUGUCGGCUUUGAGUGAUCAGAUUGGUACAAUGUUUUACGAAACAGUUAUGUGGUGGGACGUAAUGCAGAUCAGGUAGUUAGACGCAUAGACGAUCGGAUAGUUCUUGCUGUCGGAGGUGUUCAUGCCAGGAUGUUGAUCAGGAGUUGACACACGCUUUAUAGUGGCACCUUUGCUUGCCGUCGGAUGGCGGUAGACAAUGCUCGUUGCUCGCGCGGUGGUUUGUAGCGGCGUGGAACGUGACAGAUGUGCCGACAAUCUGCUGUUACGGGGCCGGCCUCUUUUGACCACAGCUCUUCGCUUCCCGACUCGAAUCAUUGACAGCCGCGGGCUGUUGAGCGUUUUGUGAUGCAGAGGGCUCGGCGCCGUUGAAAUUCAUUGGGACUGUAUUCAGAUUGGAACAUACCAUUGCGCGCAGCAUUUUGUGACCAUGUUACGGCUGGCUGGCGGCAGUGCGCUCGUUCUGGCCGUCUUAGAUAGAUGUACCUGCCCGAGUGAUGUGUAAUUGAAGCGAGUCGUCAUUACAAUAAAUGUUUUGUUACAA